AAACCCCUCAAAAUGUCUAAUCCACUUGCCGUUGACGUCCCAACUUUUACCAAAUUGCACAAUGUUGCUCAGUGGCUCUCUCAGCAGCCACCUUCUCCAAGACUGUUUGAUCAGAAAGAAAAUGGCUUCUCGCAGAAUUUUCAACCAUUCUUGAAGACAGUAAACUCAUGCACAAUUCCUGACGAUCUCCACGAAGAAAUGAUGCGAUUGAAAAGAAAAGAAAAUGCAUUCAAAACUGCUCUUUGCAAGACGUUUCAGCUCACACGAGCAUGCUCAUACGGGGAGCAGUGCAAAUUUGCUCACAGUGUCGAGGAGCUGCAGCUGAAACAGAAGAACCGUGGAGUCAACCACCCAAAGUAUAAGACAGUUCUCUGUGACAAUUUCUCUAGAACUGGACACUGCAAAUAUGGGACAAAAUGUCAGUUUAUUCACAGAGCUGUUGAGCCAACUCCAGCUCAAAAUCCACUGAUGCCCCAGUUUUCUUCAUGGUUUGCUCCUUCAUCGGGUCUUUCUCGGGAGUUUCUUGACAAUUUUGGAGCAUCUGCAUCCAGCUCUAGCACUGACUUCUCUUAACUUUAUUCUUUCAUAAUUUGUUUUAUUCCUAAUAACUUUUAAUUAUUGUUAAUUUUCUAUAAUUACCAUUAUGUUUCUAAAUUAAUUUUUAUCUGGAAAUUUCUGGGGUUUUUGUCGAAUCCACAUUUAUUUUUGACACUUUUCAAAUUUUUCUAUUCUGAAUCAUUUUUGAAUAAAAUUUAUAUUU